UGGCACGUACCUGCAGUUUAAUCUUUAUCGUAUUGGAUGUCUUGAAACCAUUACUUCACAAAAAACUUAUUGAACAUGAAUUAGAAGGUUUUGGAAUCAGGCUGAAUAAAGAGCUGCCUCAAAUGGUUUUAAGAAAAAAAGACAAAGGUGGAAUUAAUCUUCAAACCAUGGUGCCUCAAAGUGAGUUGGAUUUGGAGACAGUUAAAACUAUUUUAUCAGAAUACAGAGCUCACAAUGCAGAUGUUGUUUUAAAAGGCGAUUGUACUUCUGAUGAACUUAUUGAUGUUAUUGAAGGAAACAGGGUCUACAUCCCAUGUAUUUAUGUGUUGAAUAAAAUUGAUCAAAUAUCUAUAGAA